ACAGUAUGUAAUAAUAAUAAUAAAAAUAAAAACAUAAGACUUGCGCGUGUUGACUUGUCAAUGAAUUUAACCAAAGUAUUUUUUUUCAUUUUAAUUCAUUAUCUAUUACUUUAAAUCAGGUCAAAUUUUAACUGAUAUUUAUUCUGAUGCAAUGUAACUUUUUUUAUUAAUUAUUCGGGAAUUUAUAAGUCGAGAAAUCUAAAGAAAUUAUGGAAGUCAACACUGGAGUAAAAGAUUUGGAUGAAAAAAUAAUUGAAUGGCUGAGUUACAACAAGGAUCCAAAAGCUGAGAAUGAGGUCCGCGAAUUAGUGAAAGAAGGAGACAUUAAAUUGUUGAGCAAAUUAUUUUUAAAGAGACUGGAAUUCGGGACCGCGGGUUUGAGAGGUCGAAUGGGUCCGGGUUACAAUCAGAUGAACGAUGUGGUUAUUAUACAGACGGGUCAAGGAUUGAUGGAGUACUUGGUUGAUACUGUGGAUGACGUCCAUAGUAAGGGAGUGAUCAUUGGGUACGAUGGAAGAUACAAUAGCAAGAGAUUUGCUGAACUAACUGCUGCCAUUUUUAUCGCAAAUAAAAUCCGGGUGUAUCUCUUCUCUGAGCUUUGUCCGACACCAUUCAUUCCUUUCGGCGUUCUCAAGUUCUCCUGCGCAGCUGGAAUAAUGAUCACCGCCUCGCACAAUCCCAAGGAAGACAACGGGUACAAAGUUUACUGGGAGAACGGAGCCCAAAUAAUAACUCCCCACGACAAAGGCAUCUCCAAGCACAUUCUCAUGAACUUAAAACCCCUAGAGUCUUCUUGGGCUACGGAUGAAAUUUAUUCCUCUCCACUCUACAAGGAUCCACUAGCUCACGUUAUGUCUUCUUACAAUGAAUUGAUCAAAGAGGAAGUGAUUUAUCCAGAGAUAAAUAAAAAAACAGAUUUAAAAAUUACGUACACGGCAAUGCAUGGUGUUGGCUAUGAGUACAUGCGUCAAGCUUUCAAAGCUGCUAAUUUAAAAGAAUUCAUUCCAGUAGAAGAACAAAUAUUACCAGACCCUGAAUUUCCGACAGUUAAAUUUCCAAAUCCUGAAGAAGGAAAAAGUGCAUUGGAUCUAAGUAUUAAAAAAGCUAAUGAAAAUAAUUCAAAUAUAAUAUUAGCUAAUGAUCCUGAUGCUGAUCGCUUGGCUUGUGCUGUUAAAAAUAAAACAGGAGACUGGCACGUUUUUACAGGAAAUGAACUCGGAGGUCUUUUGGGCUGGUGGAUGUUACACAGAUACCGAGUUAAAUAUCCCGAUAAAAAUAUAUCUGAUGUCUGUAUGAUGGCUUCCACCGUUUCCAGUAAAAUAUUGGCGUCGAUGGCCAAGAAAGAAGGCUUUAAAUUCGAGGAAACACUGACUGGAUUUAAGUGGAUGGGUAACAAAACCGUAGAACUUAAACACAACAACAAAAAAGUAUUGUUUGCAUUUGAAGAAGCUAUCGGCUUUAUGUGCGGUGAUAAUGUUCUUGAUAAAGACGGAAUUUCAGCUGGUGUACGUGUUGCUGAAAUGGCUGCUUAUCUUAAUGAUAUUGGAAUGAUGACUUUGCUGGAUAAAUUAGACGAGAUUUAUACUGAGUAUGGAAGACAUAUUAGCAAUAAUUCAUAUUGGAUUUGUCAUGAACCGGAGACGAUUAAAAAAAUAUUUGACCGAUUGAGAAAUUUUGAGGGCAAACCUGAUACUUAUCCAUCAAGUAUCGCAGGAGGAAAAUAUUCAAUAAUAGGAAUCCGUGACUUGACAACUGGCUACGAUAACACGCAAUUAAAUAAUAAAGCAAUAUUACCAAUCUCAAAAUCAUCUCAAAUGAUAACAUUCACGUUUUCCAAUGGGCUUGUUUGUACUCUGAGAACAAGCGGAACUGAGCCUAAAAUUAAAUAUUACACGGAAUUGUGUGCAUCACCUGAAAUUCAAGACCUCAAUGUAUUGAACGAUAUCUUAAACGAAAUGGUAUCAGCAAUCGUAAAGGAAUUUUUGCGUCCGGAAUCAAAUGGAUUAAUUGCGCGUUCUACUUAACUGAAAAAAUGUAUUUAAUAUUUAUAAGCAAAUACUUACAAUGUCAUCGAAAACUUUAAAAUAAUUUCCAGACUAACAAAAAACAAAAAAUAAUUAAGUAGCUAUGAAUUAUUUAAAAUAAUUAAAAUACGUAAAUAACAAUGUAAUUUUUUUAAUUAAAUCGAAUUUUAAAUUUAUACAA